AUCUCAACCUCUGGUAUUGUUUAAUUACUUUCACAUAUUUUUGAUGAGAAAUAACUUGUUGAUAAUGUUAUUUGUUAUAUUUCAAACGUAAUCGUUUCUCCUACUUUUACAUAUUUAUAUAUGUAUCAUAAUUUAUGUAUCGUUUUUAUUCGAACGAUACCGCGGAAACAGUAACUAUACUUAAUCAUCGUGACAAUGAAACUAUUUGAUUGUUCCAAAUUUCAGUUUAGGAUUUUUCAGUAUUUAGCUGCUCUUGCAGUAGCUACAGCUUACUUAAACAAAGUCCCAUACAUCUUUAAUAUUUUAGCUAAUUUGGGUAUGUUUUCUAUGGGUCUACAUUACGGAUGGCCUUCAUUAGCUAUUCCAGAUUUAACUAGCGGUAAAUAUUCAUUUAAUUUAACGGAUUCGGAAGCGUCAUGGAUUGUAGCUGUCACACCUUUGGGAUCCAUAAUUGGAGACGUAGCAGCAGGAUUCACUUUGAAUACUUUCGGUAGAAAAACAAUGAUUUGGUUCUCUUCGAUACCGUUAACAGUAUCUUGGAUAUUAAUAGCUGUAGCAACCGCCCCUGUAUAUUUAUUCGCGGCAAGGAUACUCGCCGGUAUCAUAGAUGGAUUUUUAUUCACGGCGAUUCCGCCAUAUUUGGCCGAAAUAUCAGAUCCUGAAAUAAGAGGAUUUUUAGGUACAACAUAUUUCGUUACCCUCGUAUUCGGUAUGAUGUUAUCGAACGUCAUGCUGAUGUUUAUAUCCAUCCCGACGUCGGCGUACAUAUCCGCAUCAGUAAGUCUACUGAUGUUGAUAAUACUACCGUUCCUACCGGAAAGUCCCUAUUUUUACGUAAUCAAAAAGGAAAUGUCGCUAGCGACAUCUAGCCUACAAAAAUUUCGAGGAAAAGGCGAAAUAACCGAAGAACUAGAACGCAUAUCUAACGGAAUAGAAGAAGAAAAUAAACUCGGUAAAGGCACGUUCUACGAACUCAUUUUUACGCCGCACAAUCGAAAUUGUCUUAUUUUGGCCUUAGCCAUGACGGCGUUGCAGCAACUGACCGGCAUCUUGGCUAUACAGUCUUACUGCGACAUUUUGUUUAACGAAACCAACGAUAUUCUAUCGGCGAACGUCGGCAAUUUGAUUUACUUCGUCAUUUAUUUUGUAGGAACGUCGAUCGCUUUAUUCGUAAUCGAUAUUUUCGGCAGGAAACCUCUGGUUUUAUUUUCCACUUCGAUGAUAUGCGUUACCCUUUUGACCGACGCCACUUUCUUGUAUAUUAAAAGUUCCACGGACGUGGACGUUCGAGGCCUCGACUAUAUACAGAUAAUAUCGAUAUUAAUUUACGUCGCCGCUUUUAGUAUCGGACUGAAUUGCGUUCCUAUUUUAGUUAGUAGCGAAAUUUUCCCCUCCCAUAUUAAAGGUAAAGCCUUUUGUUUGAUAAAUGUUUGUUUUAGUGUGGUGUCCAGUGGCGUCGUUCAAUUUUUUAGUUGGUCGAAGGGGUUCGGUUUGGAGGUGCCGUUUUACACUUUCGCCGUUGUUAGUUUGAUCGGUACUAUUUUUCUCGCGGUCUAUCUGCCGGAAACUAAAGGAAAAACGUUGGAAGAUGUACAAUCGCGAAUGAAAAAUUUGAGAGGGAAAAAGGGUAACGUCGUUUGAAUACGUUUUGGUAUAUUUUUAUUUGGCGGGUAGAGAGUAUUUGUUAUCGAUUAUUAAUAUUUGCGUAUUGCUGGUAGAAGCGGAUUACUGUGAUAAAAUUUGUGAAAAAUACUUUUGAUUUUAAUUGUGAAAAAACAAUAAAUUUUUUUCCUUUUGACGAAACUCGUAUUUAUGCAUUCUUCCAUUUGAGUCUAUUUUCCGAAAAAAUAUACUUUUUGACAUUAUUUUGUCGUGAAAAGUUAAUUGGCGCAGUCAGUAGGAUCGGUUGAAAAUGAUUUUUAAUUCAAACAAAAAGUUUCUGAUUCGUAAAAUUGUACUGACAAGAAUUUGAAAUUUGAAAAAAUGUCUUUAAAAUGCUAAAUAUUUCAAUGAAAAAUAAUAAAAUUCGCAAAAUAUAAACUGUUUCAUUUUAUUCCAACAGGCUAGAAUCCGUUUUAAAUCGAAUUUUCAAAAUACGAGAUUUUUAAAAGAAAUUUGAGGUAAAAAAUUAAUUGGCGCAGUCAGUAGGAUCGGUUGAAAAUGAUUUUUAAUUCAAACAAAAAGUUUCUGAUUCGUAAAAUUGUACUGUCAAGAAUUUGAAAUUUGAAAAAAUGUCUCUAAAAUGCUAAAAAUUUUAAUGAAAAAUAAUAAAAUUCGCAAAAUAUAAACUGUUUCAUUUUAUUCCAACAGGCUAGAAUCCGUUUUAAAUCGAAUUUUCAAAAUACGAGAUUUUUAAAAGAAAUUUGUAGUAAAAAAUUAAUUGGCGCAGUCAGUAGGAUCGGUUGAAAAUGAUUUUUAAUUCAAACAAAAAGUUUCUGAUUCGUAAAAUUGUACUGACAAGAAUUUGAAAUUUGAAAAAAUGUCUUUAAAAUGCUAAAUAUUUCAAUGAAAAAUAAUAAAAUUCGCAAAAUAUAAACUGUUUCAUUUUAUUCCAACAGGCUAGAAUCCGUUUUAAAUCGAAUUUUCAAAAUACGAGAUUUUUAAAAGAAAUUUGAGGUAAAAAAUUAAUUGGCGCAGUCAGUAGGAUCGGUUGAAAAUGAUUUUUAAUUCAAACAAAAAGUUUCUGAUUCGUAAAAUUGUACUGUCAAGAAUUUGAAAUUUGAAAAAAUGUCUCUAAAAUGCUAAAAAUUUUAAUGAAAAAUAAUAAAAUUCGCAAAAUAUAAACUGUUUCAUUUUAUUCCAACAGGCUAGAAUCCGUUUUAAAUCGAAUUUUCAAAAUACGACAUUUUUAAAAAAUUAA